AUGUCGUCCCACCAGAAAGUGAUCAAAGCUAGGAGCCUUCUAUCCACAGCAGCCUCCAUAGCAGCCACGGCAAUGCUCAUUCGGACCAUCGCCAAUGAUUUCAUUCCAGCUGAUGUCCAAAACUACUUCUCUGUCAGUUUACAGAAUCUGUCUCGCCAUUUCUCCUCUCAGCUGACAAUUGUUAUAGAAGAGUUCAGAGGAUUAUCCGUAAACCAAGUGUUUGAAGCUGCUGAUGUAUACUUAGGCAGCAAAACAACCCCUUCAAUUCAAAGACUUAAGGUGGGCAAAAGUGAGAAGGAAAACAAGUUAGCUCUAUCCAUGGAUAGAGGUGAAGUACUGGUUGAAGUUUAUGAAAAUGUGGAGAUGAAGUGGAUUGUUUGUGCGAGAGUUGAAUCAGUACGCUUUCGGAACCCAAACCAGGGUGAUCUUAAUGGAUCUCUGCGGUCACAAGUUAGACACUAUGAGCUAAGUUUUCACAGGAAAAACAAAGAUGUAGUGCUGAAUUCGUACUUGCCAUACAUUUUGCAAAGAGCAAAGAUGAUGAGAGAAGAGAAUAAAGCAGCAAAUAUCCACACGGUUUGUUAUGGAAGGUGGGAUGAGAAUGAGACCAAACUUAAGCACCCAAUGACAUUCAAGACACUCGCUAUGGAUUCGGAGCUGAAAAAGGCAGUGAUGGAGGAUCUGGAAAACUUUAUCAAAGGGGAACAAUACUACAAAAGAGUUGGGAAAGCUUGGAAACGUGGGUACUUGCUGUAUGGUCCUCCAGGGACAGGCAAGUCAAGCUUGAUAGCUGCAAUGGCUAAUCACCUGAAAUACAACAUCUACGACUUGGACCUGACUGCUAUCCAAACCAACUCCGAUCUUCGAUUUUUGUUGCUUGCCAUGCCUAGCCGAUCAAUACUAGUGGUUGAGGAUAUUGAAUGCUCUAUCGAGCUAGAAAAUCGAGAAUCUGAGAAUGAACCUCGGAGACGGAGAUUCAACGGAGGUGACAAUCAGGUGACACUGUCGGGACUUCUGAAUUUCAUUGAUGGCCUCUGGUCAUGCUGUGGUGAAGAACGCAUCAUUAUUUUUACAACCAAUCAUAAAGAACGAUUAGACCCAGCUUUGCUGAGACCUGGUCGUAUGGACAUGCACAUUCACAUGUCAUACUGCAAUGCUUCUGUGUUUAAGCAACUCGCCUUUAACUAUCUGGGGAUUUGCGAUCACCAACUUUUCCAACAGCUCGAGAAGCUCUUGGAGGAGGUGGAUGUCACUCCUGCAGAAGUUGCUGGGGAGUUGAUGAAGAACUCCAAUAGAGAGGCUGCCUUUCAUGGCUUAGUCAAAUUCCUAUAUGAAAAGAUUAGUGAACGAGAUACGAAGCAAGAAAAUGGUAACAAGAAUGAACAAGAAGACGAAUGA